AUGCCGAUCAUUAAUUAUGUAAUUUGCGUCGCUUUCUGUUUAGAGCUCAAAACGUUGACAUACAAGAAACUUCUUGCCCUUCACGCCGAGUUGGAAGCCUUGAUUCAAUUGUAUAACGAGACCCUUGUACAGGAACUGGCUCUGCGAGACGAGCUCGAAUAUCAGAAAGAGCUGAAGAACACGUUCAUUUCUUUACUUCUCAGUAUACAGCACAAACGACGGCAGUGGCUGAAUGAGCAGAAGAGAAAAGGUGCCCGAAGUCUGCUGUCCGGUGGCAACGGGUGUCAACCACAGUACAUGAUUUCCGUGAUUCCUUUCCAUGAAGGUGCCGGCGUACCGGACAACGUUACCUUUCAAGCCCUGAUCAAAAUCCUCCGGGCCGUCAAUGCCGAUAAUCCAAAUGUACCUAGCCUGCUAACGGAUUAUAUUCUGAAUGGUACGUGUGAAGUCGUUUCGUGA